AUGGCUUCGAAAAUCUUAAAAGCAACAACGAAUAUUACUGGAUUGGUUGUUUCUAAAGAUCCACAUUAUUCAUUGAAACUUCUCUACGGAAAAAUCUUACGUGAUCUUAAAAAAUUACCUGAAGCAGCAGCCUAUCGCAAAUUUACUGAAGAUGUUAUUAGCUCACGUCUUGAACAUGUCGAAAAUGAGCCUAACAUCGCACGUCUCGAACGUAAAAUCAAUUGUGGGCAAAUCGAGGAAGUCAUUGUACAAGCUGAAAAUGAACUUAUGUGUGUACGUCGAAUGGCUUUAAAUCAUGUGUGGGAACCACUUGUUGCACAAGCACCAGCUAACCAAUGGAAAUGGCCUAUUGCUUAA